AUGGCUGCCUCUACGAAGUUCAGUUUUUCCGUCAGGAGCAUCCUGGAUUUGCCAGAGCAUGAAGGCCAUAUCAUCCCGCAGCCAUCCCCGGUCCAUUCCUGUUCCAGCUCGCCGUACUCCUCGUGGAUGGACAGCGACCCGAGUCCUUGUCCAUCAUCCGACGAAAGCAGCCUGGAGAUCAAGGCGGACUUGUCCUCCAUGGAUAAUGAGGCAGAGAAAAAGAAGAAGCGCCGAGUUCUCUUCUCUAAGGCCCAGUCCUUUGAGCUGGAGAGACGCUUCCGCCAACAGCGCUAUCUAUCCGCACCGGAGCGCGAGCAGCUGGCUCACCUCCUUAGCCUGACCCCCACGCAGGUGAAGAUCUGGUUCCAAAACCAUAGGUACAAGAUGAAGAGAUCACGAGCUGAAGAAACACAGGACAUAAAUCAACCACCGAUGCUGCGCAGGGUUGUAGUGCCCAUCUUGGUGCGCGAUGGGAAACCGUAUCCGACCUGCAUCAUUGAUGCAAAUAAAAGGAGUUGUUUAGCACCCUGCACCUCUCAAGCACCCUUCAGUUUGGCCUAUCCGUCUUUUCAGCAUCCGUCGCCUUUUGCUUUCCCUUCCCGAUAUCAGCACUUUUCCCACCCGACAGCAUCCAGACACACCUUUGCAUGGCGCGACUUUCUUAACGACUCCGUUCACUUCAGCUCUUUCAAAUGACAAUUGCCAGUAGCCUACCACCCUACCACUGGGGCAUCUUGUUGAUUCACCUAAAUCGACAUUCCAAGUUUUAUUAAUCCCCAUAAAAACAGUAUGAGCUACUUAAACUCACAUUGGAUGAACAUUAUUUUGCACAUAUUUUAUUUUUGUAUUUUAUUCAAUGUUGGUUACGAAUGAUAUACAGAUUACUU